AUGCAACGAAUAGUCCAUUCGGGUGAAUUUAUUUGUGGUUAUGAAGUAUCUUAUAACUAUACAAUAUUCACUAUUGUUUUUACUGUGAUAAAAAUUGUUGCCGGUAGUUAUUCUAUUCAUAUCUGGAAACAAUGUAAUGGUUUGCGUCGUUCACUAGAUACAUCUUCACUAUUAUUAUUAUCAUCAUCAGCAGGAGCAUCGAAACAAGACGAGUCGUCAUCAGUUAGACUGCGUGUGGAUGCUAUACCAAAGGGUGCAAAACAAUUUUUCACUACUACUCCGUUCGAUAAAUCCCCUGAAUUUGUUAUUGUAUUAUCAUGUGAUGUACAGAAAAUGAUGAAAAUCACUGACUGUUCAAUUAAUCUGAUUGAAGAUGAUUUCCAACCUCCGUUAAUCCAAUUACGAUUGAAGGAUGAUAUAUCACAAUCGAAUAAAAAUCUACAGAAUUAUGGUGUCAAGUUGCCUGAGAAUGUUCAAUCAAAGGUCAUUGGAAUUCAUUCUAAUAUCGAUGAAACUAUGUUAAAUGUUCGAUUGAAACAGAUUGGGAAUUUCUUACAAACUAAUCAUACAGUUAUUAUUGUUGUUAAAAUAGUAGGUUUUAAAAAAUUAAUGGUUACGACAAAUAUGCAGUCUGUACUUGCGAACGAGGUUGGAUCAAUAGACCACUUGAAUAAUAAUAAUAAUGAACGACAACAAAUGAAGAAUUUGCGAGAGAUGGAAUAUGACAAGAAUCUGGAAAAAUACACCAAUGUAUUUGCAGAUAUGCCGUGUAAAGUCCUCAGUGUUGAUCGACCUGACCGCUCAAAAGUUGUUAUUGUUUUAGAACCUGUAAAAUGA